UGCUUUCACACUUCAACUCUUCUCUGUUUCACGGGCCAACCUUGUUUGUACUUUGUAUCAUAGUUCCUUUUGUAGCUUUGUUUAUUUGCUUCUUCAUUUUUGGCUCUGGUGAAAGGGUGAAGAAAGUUUGAGCCUUUUGUUCAUGGGGUGUUGCUGGAGUUUUGGAGUCAAAACUGAGAGUACUCUUCACGCUGGAACAACUUCGAAAUACCGUAACAGAGAUGGGAAUGGUUUAAGUGGGUCAAGCAGCAAGGUCUCAUCGGUUUCAGUGCCUCGGACUGAGGGUGAGAUCUUGCAGUCCUCUAAUUUGAAGAGUUUCAGUUUCAAUGAACUGAGAACGGCCACUAGGAACUUCCGUCCAGAUAGUGUUUUGGGUGAAGGUGGAUUUGGUAGUGUCUUUAAGGGGUGGAUUGAUGAGCAUACUUUCGCGGCCACCAAGCCCGGGACGGGCAUUGUUAUUGCUGUGAAGAGGCUUAAUCAAGAGGGUUUCCAGGGUCACCAGGAAUGGCUGACUGAAAUCAAACACUUGGGGCAGCUGUCUCAUCCUAAUCUUGUGAGACUGAUUGGCUACUGCUUAGAGGAUGACCACCGGCUUCUGGUGUAUGAGUUUAUGCCCAAGGGGAGCUUAGAGAAUCAUCUGUUCAGAAGAGGCUCUUACUUUCAACCACUGUCAUGGAACCUCCGGAUGAAGGUUGCUCUGGGUGCUGCUAAGGGUCUAGCGUUCCUGCAUAGCGAUGAGGCAAAAGUGAUAUAUCGAGACUUCAAAACUUCUAAUAUCUUACUUGAUUCAAACUACAAUGCUAAGCUCUCUGAUUUUGGGUUGGCCAAGGAUGGGCCAACAGGUAAUGCUAGCCAUGUCUCCACAAGGGUUAUGGGUACCUACGGGUAUGCAGCUCCAGAAUAUAUGGCCACAGGUCAUUUGACUGCCAAAAGUGACGUAUAUAGUUUUGGGGUUGUUCUCCUUGAAAUGUUAUCUGGCAAACGAGCAAUUGACAAGAACAGGCCAUCUAGAGAACAAAAUUUAGUCGAAUGGGCUAAGCCCUACCUCCAAAACAAGCGCAGAUUUUUCCAAGUUAUGGAUGCUCGUAUUGAAGGCCAGUAUCCACGCAGUGGAGCAUUAAAAGCAGUUACGCUCACAGUCAAAUGCCUGUCAUCAGAAGCCAAGUUCAGGCCAACUAUGGAUGAGGUAGUAAAAGCAUUGGAGCAACUUCAAGACUCCAAUGAAACAGGGGCCUCUGGAAAUGACCCCCUUAAAAAUUUUGAUCGCAAUUCAAAAAAUGAUCCCAGAAAUAACAGAAAGAGGCUUAGUGAUGAAAAUCUCAAUGGAAAAGCUCCCUCGCGGUAGGCCACAAACAACUUCUCCCUUCGGUACAUAAAAAAGAAGAGAAACUUGAUUCAUGCUUUAUUGUUUUCAGCGGAUUCAAAGGAAAAUGGUGGUGCUAUUUAGAUGAAUGUAAUACCUUGAAAAUGUGCAUGUACAAACAAAUAGUCGGUCCGUGUACAGCCUUCUCUAAUAUCUUGAUUGUCAUUGCUUUUCCUUUUCCUUUUUUAUUGGAAUUUCAAAGUGUUUUUGACAUGCUUCUGGCACUUGAUUAACAGCCUGCCUGCAUAUUAUCAAUAGCAGAAAUUUGUGUUAGCAGAAAA